UCUCCUAGCGACAGGGUCUCCUUCCCGGCAACAGUGAGGCUCUCCUUAGCAACUGCAGCCUUUUGGUCCCUAACUGGCCUCCCUGUGGGAGUUUCUACAGCAGCUCCCUGAACAUCAACUCAACCUGAUUAGGACCAGACAGGCUUCUGGACUAAUUUAUACACUCCCAACCCAGGGCCGAUCCCGAGCAGGCAGCUUCAGGCUUUAAGCAGGCUCGGGGCCUUUUCAAAGUAUGUUUAUAUGAACCGUGCUCAAGCUUGCCAUGAAUGUUUCGGAGCCCAACUGAAGGUCGGAAGCAUGUGUUUCGUUAUCAGCAAAUGUCACUUCGUGCAAUGUUCUGCUGGAUAGCUGUCUGGUGGAUGUUGCUGGCUUCAGCUGGAGUGAAGUAGGGGAGAUCGAGGACCAGGAGUCUUCCCUAAAGGAGAAGGCUGAAGUCGCUGGCACUGGAGUCUCUGGGGUCCUGGCCUUUGCUUGAGGCUCCGAGGCCUCUUGUGCCAUGUCUAAGCAAAGCCGAGAUGUGGAGUUAGAUCGCCUGGUCCAAGACAAGCCGCUUAGCCACAGAACCCCCCAUGCCGCUUCCCAAAACAUAGCCGAGCAUCUCCCCAAUGUGCCGAGCUACCGGUACCCCACCACCCGCAUCCCUGUCCUCGUCAACAGGAGGACGGGGGUGUCGAAGCCCAGUUUCGUGAAGGAGGCAAAGCGCUCAGUCCGCCGCUUAGUGCCUGCCACAAGAGAACACCCAGCUGUGAAAGUUGAAGAUGCUGAUGCUGAGAGUGAGCCCCUCCAGGUGGAGGAAAAGUCCCCAAGCCCAGUGUUGCCGCCACCAUCCCCAGCCAAAUCAGAAACCCUCACGGUGCCUGGCGGAGCUCCGGGAACUACCAGGAAGAGGCUGCCAUCACAGGAUGAGGAGGUGGAGGAGCUCAAGGCCCUGUCUCCAGCACAAUCUCCGGUUGUUGCCUGGUCCGGCCCAUCCAGUCCCCAGGGAAACGAUGGUGGUGAACGUGCUGAGUCCACAGCCAGCCAGAAUAGUGCGGUCAUCAAUGACCGGCUCCAGGAGCUGGUGAAACUCUUUAAGGAACGGACUGAGAAAGUAAAAGAGAAGCUUAUUGAUCCAGAUGUCACUUCAGAUGAGGAAAGCCCUAAACCAUCCCCAGCCAAGAAAGCCCCAGAACCAGCGCCAGAAACCAAAGCUGCUGAGGCUGAAAAGACUGGAGAGGAGGAACAUUACUGUGAGAUGUUGUGCUGCAAGUUCAAACGCCGCCCAUUGAAGAUGUACCAGUUUCCCCAAAGCAUUGAUCCCCUCACCAACCUGAUGUAUAUUCUUUGGCUCUUCUUCGUGGUCUUGGCCUGGAACUGGAAUUGCUGGCUCAUUCCUGUCCGCUGGGCUUUUCCUUACCAAACCCCAGAAAACAUCCACCUCUGGCUAAUGAUGGAUUAUCUGUGUGACCUCAUCUACUUGUUAGAUAUCACCGUGUUUCAGGUUCGCCUGCAGUUCGUCAAAGGAGGAGACAUCAUUACAGACAAAAAGGAGAUGCGGAACAAUUACUUAAAGUCUCGUCGUUUUAGGAUGGAUAUGAUUUGUCUCCUGCCCCUUGACUUGCUCUAUUUGAAAGUUGGUGUGAAUUCCCUUUUACGGUUGCCACGUUGCUUAAAGUACAUGGCUUUCUUUGAGUUUAAUAAUCGGCUGGAAGCUAUCCUCAGCAAGGCUUAUGUUUACAGAGUCAUAAGAACCACAGCCUAUCUGCUCUAUAGUUUACAUGUGAAUUCAUGUCUGUAUUAUUGGGCGUCAGCCUACCAAGGAAUUGGCUCUACUCAUUGGGUUUAUGAUGGAGUGGGAAACAGUUACAUUCGCUGUUAUUAUUGGGCUGUCAAGACCCUGAUCACCAUCGGGGGACUGCCUGACCCUCAGACUCUCUUUGAAAUCGUUUUCCAGCUGCUGAACUAUUUCACGGGAGUCUUUGCUUUCUCGGUGAUGAUAGGACAGAUGAGAGAUGUAGUUGGAGCAGCAACUGCAGGACAAACAUAUUACAGGAGCUGCAUGGAUAGUACUGUCAAGUACAUGAAUUUCUAUAAAAUCCCAAGAUCGGUUCAGAAUCGUGUUAAGACCUGGUAUGAAUAUACGUGGCAUUCUCAAGGCAUGCUGGAUGAAUCUGAGUUGAUGGUGCAGCUCCCAGAUAAGAUGCGACUGGAUCUUGCCAUUGAUGUCAACUAUGACAUUGUCAGCAAGGUGGCUCUUUUUCAGGGCUGUGACAGGCAAAUGAUUUUUGAUAUGCUAAAGAGGCUAAGGUCUGUUGUUUACCUGCCCAAUGACUAUGUGUGCAAGAAGGGAGAAAUUGGAAGAGAAAUGUACAUUAUCCAAGCUGGACAAGUCCAGGUACUAGGCGGGCCAGAUGGCAAAUCUGUUCUUGUGACUCUGAAAGCAGGAUCUGUAUUUGGAGAAAUAAGCUUGUUGGCUGUUGGUGGAGGAAAUCGUCGCACAGCGAAUGUAGUGGCUCAUGGGUUCACCAACCUUUUCAUUUUGGAUAAGAAGGAUUUGAAUGAAAUUUUGGUUCACUAUCCAGAGUCUCAGAAGUUGCUUCGGAAGAAAGCCAGGAGGAUGCUAAGAAAUAACAACAAACCCAAGGAACAGAAAAGCAUACUCAUCCUUCCUCCGAGGGCUGGGACUCCUAAACUUUUCUCAGCUGCUCUAGCAGCAGCAGGAAAGAUGGGAGCGAAAGGAGCAGCGAGAGGUGGGAAACUGGCCCAUUUACGAGCAAGGCUGAAAGAACUGGCUGCAUUAGAAGCAGCUGCGAAGCAACAGCAAGAGAUGGAGCAGGCCAAGAGUUCUGCUGCCUCAGCAGCUCCAGAUAAGCCCGAGUCAGCAGCUGCAGAUAAACCAGAAUCGGUAGCUGCAGAUAAACCAGAAUCGGUAGCUACGGAUAAACCAACAUCUGCAGCUCCACACGAACCAGAAUCAGCAGCUCCUGAUAAAUCCCAGUUGGCAGUUCCAGAACCAUCAGCUGGACCAGAGCCAGCUGGACCAGAGCCAGCCGCUCCAGACCCACCAGAUGCCCAUCCUCCAUCUUCCUCCUCCCCCAAGAAAUCAGAGGGAGGAGAUGAUGGAGAAAUUGUGUCUGAAUCUCCUGAUCACUCUGUCAGGAUUCGAAUAAGCACUGCCCCGGAGAGUGAUGAACAGAUUCUCUCUGUAGAAAUUCCAGAAAAGAAGGAUGACAAGUGAAAUCCACCCCAUGCUAGUUCCUAGAAAGUCAUCUAACAUCUGGUCCUCUAAUGUUCCAACAGGCUACCUACAUUUACCUAUUUAAGCUAGAGAAAUGGUUUUACUUUCAAUAGCUUCUAAUUUCUGGUUAGUGGCCACAAACUUCACUAACACAGCUAGGAUUUGGUUUGCCUUUUCUUUGUCCUUAGCUUGCAGGACUAAUAUCUUAGAAAUGAAGACCAUAACCUCUUUAAGAGACUUGUAAUCCUGUAUAAAGCUUCUUGGAUCCCAGAAAGGAUUCUACUGAUCUCUGCUAUUUACUUUCCCAUUAAAUACUUGGUCAACCGUCUUUCCCCAGAUUCAUUCAUUUAUUUAUUUUUAUUGAGGGAAUCAUAGAAUCAUGUUCAUUGAUCUUUUAGCAUCAAUGAUUCAUCAGCAACUAUUUUAAUAAAUUAUAAGGGUUCCCUAUCUCUAAUAACAGGACAGCUAGGUGGCUCAGUGAAACCAGAAAUCAGUAACUUAUCUUUGUGAAUUCAAAUCUGGCAACAGAUAUUUAUUAGUAUCUGACCCUGGCCAAAUCACUUAGCUGUUUGCCUCAGUUUCCUCAUCUGUAAAAUGAGCCAGAGAAGGAAAUGGCAAACCACUAGAGCUUAUUUGCCAGGAAAAUUGCAAACGGGGUCAAGAAGAGUCAAAUAUGAUUGAAAUAACUGAACAACCAUUAAGAAUUAUUGAAGCAUGCUGUUUUGAGCCUCCCACACUAAAGUAAUACAUUAGAUCUAGGUAUGUUUUAAAUGAUGAAACACACACAUAUGUUUGCAUGUAUAUACACACAGAGUCCAUUUAAUCAAAGGGAUGGGUUGGAAGAUGUGACUGUAGUCAGGGAAAUUAAGAAUAAAUAAGUGUGUGGAUUUCAUCCUCAGGUGAUUUCCUCCCCAUUUCAUGGGAGGAUGAUACAUGUGGUUUUGUUUAGUUACUUUUUUUUUGGACUUAACUGUUUCUCAGAAAAUUAUUUUUAGAAAUAGAAAAUAUAUUUUUCUUUCUUUGGCUUUGUAAGAAUGAUAUUUUUGUACUCAUCUUCUCACCUAAUUAUAUUGUCUAUUCUUAUUAACCUAGGUCAUUUGAGAUUGAAAUUGGGCCAGUGACAGAGAUAGAUGAAAGGUUCUAAUAUUUAGGACACCAUUAUGGGAAAACAUAAAGGCAGGAUCUAAGCCUCUUGUUAGCUAGGUCUAUUGCUAGUUCUAGUAGGUUCCCUGGCUUUAGGGAUAAGACUACUUUCAAAUAAUAAAAACUCAUUUUGAAAGUGCUUACCUCAUAACAAUCUGUGAACUAGGUAGGAAAGUAUUAUUAUUGCAUAUUUUUAUAUAGAUAAGGAAACUGAUGCUCAGCAAGGCUAGAUGAUUUAUUUAAGGUCAUAUAAUUGGCAAGUGGUAGAACUGAGAUUUAAACUUAGAUCAUCCAACUUGAAGUGGGAUGCUGGUGUUUUUUUUUUUUCUCACAAAACCAUGCAGCCUCACUAGCAUUCAUAAGGUGUGAUGGAAAAGUCUCACUUGAGACUUAUGGCUUGGAAAAAAUAACCCAUUUAAAUUAAAGAGAAAUUUCUUUGAGAAGGUCAUGUUAACAAGUAUGAGUCAAGAAAAUGAAAAGGGUAACAGUGAUGGCUGUGAUCAGUAUAAAUGCUUUACUAAAAAUGAUCCCUAUUAGAGAAUUCCUGACUGUGUGAAUCCCCUAAAUAAAGAGUUAUAAUUCAUUUCAUGUUUAAGGCAGAAAGAGUCAGAGACAGAGACAGAGAAAAAAUAGACACAUGGGGGAAGAGAAAAGGAGACAGAGACAGACAGACAGACAGAAACAGAGAGAGAUAGAUCCAGAGAGAGAGAGACAGAGAGACAGAAAGAGACAGAAAGAAAAGCCAGUAGUCAUCUGGAAUUGCAUGCAGGAAGCAAUCAUACUUGGUUUUUCAUAUAUGCCUUUGUCUAAUUUUUAGUUGUUCCUGUGGUUUAACAUAAUUUUGGUACCCAGUUCAGUGUCUACCAUCAAACAUUCUGCUUGGGUUAUAUAAUAAUACACCUUGAGCUUCAUUGGGAGAAAGUCAGGCUCUUAGAGAAAAGUUAGGUCUGAAUUGGACUCUUUUCAACUAAUUUGAUUUAAACUCAUCCUAUUUUAAAAUACAAAACUAUAUUUCAUCAAUAGCAUUGUGAAAAUAUUGAAAUUGGGGGAAUGGAUGUAAAUGAUUUGGAAACAUGCUUUUAUUUGUUUUUUAAAAUAAUGAUACCUACUAAGUGCAAGGGAGUGUGUUGAGUGCUAAGGGGGAUGAAAUGAAGAGUAAGACAUCACUGUUGUGGAAAUAUGGAAAGUAAAAUAUGAGAAUACAAUGAAAUAUAAACAGUCCUGAAAAGAUAGAGAUUACAUUCAGCCAUAGGGGAAUUAAGAAAAGCUUUAUUUAAGUUAGACUUUGAAACAAGGGAUAGUAAUUAAAUAGGUGGAUUCAUGGGAAAGGGCAUUAUGGAUGGAGGGAUGUCUGAACAAUUGCAUAGAAGUGAGAAAGCAGAACACAUGUUUGGGGAAGAGAAAGUCCAGUUUGGUUGCCACAAAAAGGGACCAAAAUAAGAUUAACAACGUAGAUUGGAUCCAGAAGCCUUGAGUAUCAGAUUAAGAUGUUACUAAAGGGUAUAUGUGUGACAUGAUCAGAGUUGUGUACUUUAAUAAGAUAAAUAGACAUUUGUGGAGCCCCCACCAUAGGGAAAGGCAUUGUAUUAGGUGCUAUGGAAGAUUAACCUGGCAAGAGUGUAGAUGAAUGGUCAGGGAAUGAGUGGUGAAGGUAGUAGAAGCAGAGAGAUGACCAGUUAAGAGGCUCUUAUGCAAGGGAGAGCUAAUGAGGACUUUUGGACUAAAGUGGGCUCUGUGAUAAUAGAGUGAAGAGGAUGAAUGUAAAAGAUACUUUGGAAUGGUAAAAGAUGUGAGGAUUAAAGGAGCUCAGAGAAAUGAUGGCCAAGGAAAUAAGAGGAAGGGGUGGAAAAUGAGGGAGAGGAAGACUUGAAAGCUAAAUUUUCUCAGCAAGUAAAAGACAGAAUCUCCUAUGGAAAAUAAGGACCAGCACAGUUGAGGAAGAUGGAAAAGGGGUGAAAGAGAUUCUGUAGAAAAGGUAAAGAAAGAUAGAUAAAAAAGAUUGCCAAGCAAGCUGGAAGGCUAGAGAGUAGGAAUCUAACUUGGAAGUAAUUAGCCUGAUUUUAGCUAGGUUUUGUCUUUUUCCAGUCGGUUAUGGAAAAGUUUGUUCAUCCAAAGGCAACAUAUUAAUGUCUUUAGUUUUUCCACCUACCUUAUAUAAUUAACAGGAGGGAUGAUCUCAAGUUGGCAUAAAUAUUUUUAAAUACAAGGGGAGAAGGAUAACUAGAGUUCAUUGCGGAUUGCCUUUUGACAUUUUCCAUGUCAUGGCAGGUAUUCAUCAUUUUAAAUGUAAUGAUGAUACUCUUUUAAUAUAUGGAAAGUCUGGGUUAUAUACAGAGGUUUUUUUUUUACCACCCACUUUUUAUAUGCACCCUGUAUCUUGACCAUGACCAGAACAAAACACAAUCCAAGAAUGAUAAACCUAGUUAAGGCACAAUUAUCUAGCAAGUAUUUACAAUGAACUUUGAGCAGAAGUAUAUUAUUCUUUUUUUAAGAUGGCAAACCAAGUUUUAAAUCCACCUUCACUGAGAGUGCUUUUAUGUGGAAACUUUUGAUAAUAUAUUUGCUUAUACUUUAAGAUUCCAACUCUGUAAAAAUCCUUGGGCAUACUUCUCAUAUAAAGCCAUUGUAUAGUUCCCUAGAAAGUUUUUUUUGGGGGGAGGGGGAAAUACAUUUUGAAAUGAGAUCAGCAGCAUCCUUGUUAUCUUUUUAUACCUGACUCAUUUCAACUGCUGCAGAUAUGAUAUAAAAGUGAGGUUAUCACUGUGCUUUAUACACCAUUUGCCUGAAAUAGGAUCUUUGAGUGCUUCAAUUUACCUUUUUUUUUUUUAAAGCAUUUCCUGCAUUUUGGUAGAUGUAUGCAGUAGCUUAUCUUUUUACUAUAUAAAUAUUUUAAAUAAACAAUCACAAAACUGUUAAAAGUUUAAAUCUGAAAAUGGGCUUGACAAUUUAUAUUUUGGUGUUUCAUUAAUGAGCAUGAAUGACUAUGAAGAUCUCUGAAUCCAAUGACUUCCAAAGCUAAAUACACUUAAAUCAAAGUAUUUAGAAAUAUGUUCUUGGCUUGUGGAUUCAUUUUAGAAAUUGAUUGUGUAUGGCAGAUGAGUGAAACAUAUUAAAGAUAUUUGGGAAAAUCAUGUGACUAUUUUUUUGUAUGAUGGGAAACCAAGUGUUAAAUGUAUUUUCACUGUCAUCUUCUAUUGAAAAAAAUAUAUAACCUUUCUGCCACAAAGUAGGUGCUUAAUAAAUGCUUAUUGAUUUGUCUUAGGAAUUUUUAGACACUUCAUAUUGCCUCUUAACAAAUCCAAACCCCUAAACCUGUCAUUCAAACCUGCUUUCCAAAUGGUCCCUACAAAAUCACUAUUCUCAUUUUUCAUUCUCUUUUACUUGAACUGCCUGAGUUUACUGUUUCUAGAUCCCAAUGAGAAUAAUCAAUUUUCUGCCCUUUCUCUGCAUUAACCUCUUUCCUUGCCUUCCAAACCUGUUCAAAAUUGACCUUCUCCCAUCAGCUUCUUUUGAUUGAUCCCCAACGUUGUGCAAUCAUUGUUCCUUCUCAUAUGAUCACAUGUUGCCCUGAAAAAAGUGUCAUUUUGUGUUUUUUUCUUGGCUCUCCAGUAACUAGGCAGACCAUCAAGGAAUUGGCCAACUAUAUCUUUUGCUUUUGGUCCUGGAAAAAAGUCUAUGAAGAACAUAAAAGUUGACUGAAAUUUGAAAAGGGCUUCCUUUUUUUUUUGGCAAUUCAUCGUUUUCCCUAGUAUAUAAAUUCAAAUUUAGUCCAUUUCAAAAAGUGUUCAUUAAGUACCUAUUCCCUGUGCAAGGAACUUGCUGUGCUAGGAGCUGAGGGGCAAAAUAGGUGGAAAGUAGUCCCUUCUUUGGAAUCUAUAUACCAUCCUUUUGUUAGGAAUAGAAAUCAGGGGUGAACCUAGGGAGGGUGUUGACAGAUGAGGAAUUUCCCUCUAUCAAAUCAGAGCUGUUACUUGUCAGCCACUUAGACAAUUAAGCAAAAAAAAGGUAGGGCAGAGGGGGAGAGAGACAUACAGAGAGACAGAGACAAAGACAGGAGAGACACACAGAAAGACACAGAGAAAUAGAGAGGCAGAGAGAGUGAGAGACAGAGACAGAGAGAGAGAAAA